CAAAAGGAUAGAGAGCGUAAUUUGAUAUGUCAUAUUGAAUUUCAAUGUGUAUAUUUUAUCUUUCUAGAAGUUUAUCUUUUAAUUUGCUAAUUCAAAGCAGGCAUUCAGCAUGAAAGAAGAAUUAUCUAUUUCGAACAGGCAUCGUGAUUCUAAUACUGCUGCCAACAUCCUAGACAAGGAGUUGAAAAAUCUAAGAAAAUUCAAAAAAGUUGCUCCUGAGAGCAUAAUUUACCGCGUGAAGAACUUCGAAAAAUAUUGCAAAAUUAUAGACAACAUCCUUUAUAAAUUAUUGGACCACACAAAUAUACUACUUUGCUUCCGGCAGAUGCUUAUCAGAAAAGACCCUUUGGUGGCGGACUUCCCCCAGAAAGCGGUUGAAACAUUAUCAGCUUUUCUUCGGGACGAUACCUUCAACUACGGCUCCUCCCACUCAACGGUGCGGCCCGCCAGACUUGACAUACCUUUUCCAGAGAUUUCUAUGGAAAUGGUUCAUAUUGUGGAAUAUAUAAACGCAAAUAGGUUGAUGUGCCACCUUUCCAAAUUUAGUACUGAGUUUUCACCUAUUGAAAUCCAGUACAUUGAUUACGUGAAGCGUCUGAAAAAGAUAUAUUAUGAUCGCCUCAAUGUAUAUACUAAUCAAAUAUACUUCUCAACAGAAUAUUUUCGUAAUUUGAAGUUCGCAAAUGAGAACUAUCAAGCAAGGAUAAGGGAAUUGCAAUUCGACCUCCGUUUGUCUACGAUAAGUUUCGAAAAUGCUAAAAUAAACCAUGAUGAAAAGUUGAAGCUAUUUUUGUAUAAGGAAAUGAUAGCUGAAGGGGUGUACGGCGCCAAGCUUCAAGAGAAACGCUAUGGUACGACUCCGCAGAUUGCCAAACUUACUAAAACAUUGAAUGAAGAUCGCACUACCCGUGAACAGUCUCUCGAAAAUUUAAAAAACUUAUACGAGAGUACAGUAGAAAAGGAUCAAAAAAGGUGUAAACUAUUCGCCGACACGCGCUACAAGCGUGAAGUUGCCGUUUUGGCAAUGAUUGAAAAAUAUGAUCGCGAUUAUGGUAGUGAAUACAAACGUCUGGAAGCGCUCACCGAAAAAUACAACCAGCUUACAAAAAAAUCAGAAAAAUUAGAUGAAGAUCUGUCAGCACUUAUGAAGAAGAAUUUAUUUAUUUACGCGGACAUUGAGGCUCAAAAACAGCAUUUUAUUGUUCGUCGAAAUAAUCGGGUAGCAAUUGUUAUUCAAAGAUGGUGGCGAAAUAUAUUGAAACGUAGGUUCCGAGGAUUAAGUGCAAAUUUAAAGUCCCAACAAAGACUAUCGCGUCCUUCUGGGCAAAAAUCCCGAAAAGGUACUAUGACAUCUGCUAGAGGAACAAAAACCUUUCGUGGAGCUCGAAAAUCAGAUAGAAAAGUGACCACCAGCUCUGAAGAGAUAUCAUUGCUGUCUGAAACUCAAACUGGCGAAGAGCGCUCGCGUUUGAACUCUAGUUCAAGCGAAGAUGAAACAAAAUCAGCCUCCACCAAGAAACUGCAACCAGAGAUUAAUCUGGAAGAAAUUGUUUCGACAGCUGAGUUGCCCAGUAAAAAAGUGAAACGGAGCAAAACAAAACCCAAGAAAAAUAAACCAAGAAAUUAGUGAAAGGCUCAAACUAUUCUAUAGUAUUAAACAGCCCCGUAUGUUGAAAUAGAACCCGAGAUAAUAAAUUU